AUGACGGAAUAUGUGGCUGAAGAAUGGUCUACAGAAUGUGUUGAAUUAUGGGAUAUGGAUAUGGCAGAUCUGCAUAGUGUAAAGAAUUUCGCCAACAAAUUUAUUAAAGAGGUUGGAGAAUUACACUAUUUGUGGAAUAAUGCUG